AUGGUAAAUUCCGAUCAAAUACCAUCAGCGAUGAAUGUUAUUUCCAAAAUGGAAAUAUCGCCGGAUGAAAAAGAAAUAGAUUCAUCGACACAUGAUCAGAAAAGUCCAGAAACACAAAACGUAAUGAAUUAUGAUCAAAAGAAGUGUAUCGGAUUGAAUGUUAAUUCAGCGUCAACUGGCGGUGCUGUUGUCGAUGAAGCUGAAGGAAUUUGGAGUGCCGAUAUUGAACAGAGUUUUCUCGAAGCGUUAGCUAUUUAUCCGCCAUGUGGAAGACGUAAAAUUAUUUUAACUGAUGAAGGAAAAAUGUAUGGACGAAAUGAAUUAAUAGCUCGCUAUAUUAAAAUUCGCACGGGAAAAUCUCGCACGCGGAAACAAGUAUCAUCACAUCUCCAAGUACUAGCUAAGCGUCGUUCGAAAGAACUGCAGUCAUUGCGAAACAAUAAAGAAGCUCAACAAUUGAUACUUGAUAGAUUAAAACGGUAUACAUCAGCUGAAAUUGUAUCUAUGAAUGUUGAUGAUAACAACAAUGAAAGUAGUGAAGAUAAUGAUGAAGAGGAUGAAUUACCUCAAACACCUUUAGUGCAAGCAACCGUACUCCAAAAAGCCGUAAAAAUAGAAAAGAGUGAUAAUCAACAGUAUCGCGAUAAUACGCAUAAACCGGCUAAACAUCGUCUAUCAAAAAAGCCAACGUCAUCUGUUCAUAAUAAUAACGUUGUAACAGUGCCAAUCUCUACAGAUGCACACAGUGAUAUUCCAUUACACAUUAAUAAUAUUCUUCAUCCACUUUAUGUUCAGAGUAAAGUAAGUGAGACAACGAAAUCUGAGCCCAUCGUGGGUCACAUUGCCUCCACAUCUUCAACGUCUUCUGCAUCCACGUCACCUAAAACUUCACCGGGAAUAAAAAUACCGAUAACAAACCGUCUGCAACCAUCAGUUACUGUCUUGUCACAACAAUCAUCGAAUUUAUUAAAAAGUAAUAUAAUUAAUAUCACAUCUAAUCAAAUUGCACCGUCGUUGAGACAUACUGAAUAUGACGAGUUUGAUCAACUCGGUAAAAUAACAAUUCCACCGACCUCAUCUCUUGCUCCGAAUAUGAUUACAUCAAUAAUUGAAACGGGACAGUAUUCAGGUUCAACAUUGAUUCGUUUAAACAAUCCCGUAACAACAACAAAUCUUUUACCAAGUUGUUCAUCGAAUCCAUGCCUAAAUGCGACAACGACAACUACAACAUUAUCUCCAUCAAAUGCGCGUUGUCUUGCUUUCUCUUCGGCCGGACCAUCAUCUGCCUGUUCAUCUAGUUCAUCCUCUAUCUUUUCCUCAUCAUCAAGUCCAUCACGUUCUGGACAAGCGUUCAUUGGCGAUGAACAUUUCCGUUUACAAGAAUUAAAUGCAUUUGUCGAAAUCAUACGACCAAAUUUUGUACGAGAACGUCAUUAUCCAUCUUUGUAUCAAACACAAGAACAACAAACCGUAAUACAUCGGCAUAACAUGGUUCAUUUAAAUUCAAACGAUUUACAAUUCAAAAACGUACCACAAUUUGAAACAAUUGCCAUUCAUCAAAUAUGGGAUAAAUUCCCAUCGCAUGAUGGUCUAAAAGAUUUAUUUGAACAAAAUCCUAUGGGACGAUUUUAUUUAGUUAAAUUUUGGGCUGAUGUUAAUUUUUUACGUUCAGAUAUGAAAUUAAAAGAAAAAGAAACAUUUUUUACAUCUUAUAUAUUUGAUAGUACAUGUUUAAAUUAUGGUAUUCAUGUUUCAACUCGUCUUUGUUCAUUCGGAAAACAAGUAUUGGAGAAAGUCGAAACAACUGAGCCAACUCAACAACAUGUUGAUGGUGGUCUUGAACAUUACCUUUAUCGAUUUGAACGUUCGCCAUUAUGUGAUUAUAUGGUACAAUUUAUACAAAAAUUACGAUCAUUACCCACACAUUCUCUAAUGAAUAGUGUAUUAGAAAAUUUUACCGUCUUGCAAGUUGUUAGAUGUCGUGAUACCCAUCGAUUAUUAUUAUGUAUAGCCUAUGUUUUUGAAAUUGGUACAUAUGAUUCAACAGAACCACAAUAUCAUGUUUAUAAACUUGUUGGAAACUGA